GUCGAUUUUGGUGGCGAUCAGCAUGUCUGCGUGCUAUAUAAACUCGCUCGUGGCCGUACAUUCAAGCUGCAUCAAUCCACUCAUCAUCACACACUCUCUCAGUCAGGACACUCAGCCAAAACACUCUCAGCUAAGACAUUCUCAGCCAAGUCACCUCAGCCAAGAUGAUUCCCGCCAUGUUGACCACCCUGUCCAUGCUAGGCGCUGCCUACGCUGCCUCUGUCCAGCCCGUGCUCGCCACCGGCGGAUGCGCCAGCAUCAAUUCCUAUUCUCCCCAGACGGGCUCGGCCGAAAACUUCUUCCUCGCAGCCACCGGAUGCGUGAACGUCACCGCCCCCGAUCAGGCGUGCCCCAUUGAGGGAUUCGCGCAAACGUCCGUUGUCCUCCAGGCCGCCGGAGUGACCGGUAUCAGUGAAGGAUAUAUUGCAAUCGGCUCCAGCCCCAAGGCUAAGGACCCGAUGUUCUGCAACGACGCCGCUUCCUCCCUGCUCCAAGGACUGGUCCAGAUGGGGGAAAACGCGUACACCCCCGAGCCGCUGAGUAUCGCCUCGACCCCCGAAGCCGCGCUGCUGAUGUGGGGAGCGCCCGCGGAUGCCAUCAUCCCGGUGGAGUUCUACCACCACUACGUGGACGGGGUUCAGCAGGAUGGACUGUUCAUCGGGGCGAACAACGUGACGACCUGGGCGAUUUCGGAGCAUGCAGACCCGGACGCGACGCUGUCGUACUGGAGCCCCCGGCUGCUGGUGCCAGGAAGUCAGAACCCGGUGACUGGGGCGCCGCUGGAGGCCGAUGAACUGGUGACCUACAUCAAGGUUGCGUAUUUCUAAGCCGCAUGGACGGGUUGUUUAAUCCCAAUGGACGAGGGUAGCCAGAUUGCGGAUUUUUAAUCCGAAAGGG